AUGGGCCCGUACAAAUACAUGAUGAUUGUUUCUGCAGUUCUGGACCUUCUAUUUAGUGUUGUGUGCAUUGUUGCAACCCCAACGUUUGCUGCUAUGGAAGAAAUGUCUUCGCUGUUAAUCGUUGAAGGCGGUGUAUUUCUUCCUACGUUUUGGGCAAUGUUGGCGUUGAUUUUCUUUGUCUUCUUGCUGUGUCAAACCAUUGCUACUCCACCGUGUCUUUUCGUUUUUCGAUAUCUUCAAAUCUGCAAGGCAAAAUUUAUAGCGGAACAUUACCGCUCCCUGCGAUAUCUACUAAUUGUUCCCUUAUUUAUUUCAACUUCUACUUCUGCACUGAUAUGUCUUGCAGCAUGGCCGUCACAGUCUGAAAUUGCAUACUUCAGAGAGAUUGCAAUCAACUUUGAUAUUCAACGGGAUGCAACUUUCUUGGCUGCAACGUUAAAGAAUGACGAGGGUUUCGAAGAUCCUUUUGAUUAUGCUCAAAGCAAAAUUAUGUUGGUAGCAUCGAUAUACUUGAUUGUCGUAAUGGUUUCUGCAUUGACGAUUAUGCUCUACUGCACAAAACGGAUCUUGAAGGCAGCCCGAGAGAGUUUCAGCAAAAAGACUCGAAAAUUACAAAUGCAACUGCACAAAACACUAAUAGCACAGUCUGGAGUGAAAAAGUCGCCUCACGUCACUGUUGAACAGGAUAAUGGACGCUACCAAGGAGCAAAAGAUGCCUCUUCACUAGUGCUUCGGCUGAUGUAA